CGCAUCUAGGCAGCUCUGUGCGCCUGCGCUCGGUUGUUGGUGUAAGUGAAGAGAAAAAGCUGGAAUUCCGUUCCCCAAAGACCACGCUAAUUAAUGGUCCCCGGCCCUAUGUCUGAGCCCGUGUGCUUAGGCGUGAGAUAAGGCGAGUGGCGAGGACGAGGCCCGAGUCGCGAGGGGCGAGAGGAGAACCGGACGCGGCUCGUAAACACGGCCGGGGCGUGUCAAGUGCUCUCCUGUCAAGGGCCUUCGGGAGUGGACACCUACUGGAGGACCAAAAACUGUAACAUUAGGCCAAUAGUAACAGUGCUCUUACGUGCUCAGCUGGCGCAAUGUAUCAAGAAGAAUUUUUUAAGAAUUUCUGGCCGAACUGGUCGAAUUACAACCCCUAUGCCUUUAGUGGGCAGACCAUUGGUGCCACUGCUGGGUACAGCGGCUGGGGUACUCAUGGCCACCCUGCCCACGCUCAUGGUGGGGCCAUGAAUGACUACCGUCAAAUGGUAGAGGACCCAAUGUUACCAAGUUAUGCUAUGACACCGUUUUCAAGAAGGCACAUUAGUAUUCAGUACGAGGACCAGACUAGGAUGGUUGGUCAGCAGAAAGUUGAAGAUUGUCUCAUGGCCAGCCAGGAAGGUUCCUCUGACCAGUAUAAGCCUCUGCCUCCGGGAUGGGAGCCUCCGGAUUGGCGAGAGGUUUUGGAAAACAUCAGAGUAAUGCGAUCAGCUCGUGAUGCCCCUGUCGACCAUAUGGGUAUCCAGAAGUGCAUGGAUGAUGAUGCCCCACCAGAAGUAAGAAGGUUCCAAGUCCUCAUUGCAUUAAUGCUAAGCAGCCAGACGAAAGACGAGGUGAACCACGCAGCCAUGACAAGACUACGUGCUCAUGGCCUCACAAUUGACAACAUCCUGGCCACGGAUGACGAGACGUUGGGCCAGCUUAUCUAUCCUGUGGGAUUUUGGAGGAAGAAAGUUAUGUACAUCAAGAAGACUUGUAAGAUCUUGAAAAAUGAGUAUGGUGGAGAUAUACCAUCCACACUGGAGGAGAUGCGCAAACUGCCUGGUGUUGGACCCAAGAUGUCGCAUCUCUGCAUGAGCCUCGGCUGGGGGAAACUGUCUGGCAUUUGUGUUGACACUCAUGUUCAUCGCAUCACCAACCGGUUAGGAUGGACAGGGGAAACUACAAAAAAUCCAGAGAAGACUCGUUUAGCCUUAGAAUCCUGGCUACCUGAGGAACUGUGGGCAGAGACAAAUGAGCUGUUGGUGGGGCUAGGUCAGAAGAUAUGCCUGCCCGUCAGCCCGAAGUGCAGCCAGUGUCUAAAUGUUCAGUUGUGUCCCUACGGUAGAAAUCCUGUCAACAGAUCGCCAAGAAAACGUUCACCGCCCAAGCACCCUGUGGAAACUGGGCCUCCAGCACAACAGCUUGUAUCUUAUUAUGGGAUGAAACCUGCGCAGGUCUUCAACACUAAUAGCUGGUCUGCCUUCUCUUCAUAUGACCAAAGAAGGACGCUGACUGAUUGUGUUGUAAGAACUUGAAUGUGUGGGAAGAAUUUUUUUGGUCUUCAAGACACUUUAGAAUCCAGUGGUUUUUGGAAAGCUUUAUCAGUGGUAGAGUUUGUCAGUAUGAUCUAUGUUUCAGUGUUGUUGCAUUUAGGCCUCUCAGAGGCUGAAGUGAUUAAGUGGAGGAUCCUGUCUGAUACUCUUUUGAGUGCAGCUCCCUGGGAAUCUGCAGUUAACUUCGUCCUGUCUGGUUAGGUAUUUCCCCAGACUAUAAAAGCAAAAGCUUGUAGUUGGGUUGUUUUUUAAUUUCCAUUCUGUUGGUUCUCACACCAGAAUUAUAAUUUUCAUUAUUGUAUAGCUUACUUGUAGGCAGUGCAUAUGGAUGGCUGUUCUUAUUAGCUCAGACCUCAGGGUUUGGUUAAAUCAGUCAUUGAUUCUUUUAUGGUGGAAAUAUUUUUGGCAUCUUGCAACUUAACAGUUUAGAUUACAACUUAACAUGUAUUUGUGAGCCUGGAUCUGAGACUAGAUCUUGCCCAUAAUGUCUAAUAUCUUCCCCCCCAAGUAGGCUCAGACCCAUUAGUUAGGUUAUGUGGGUUGGGUUUUCUAUUUCAUGCCUUGGCUUAACUUGCUUCCUUUAAUAGUUUUUUGUCUUGCUAAGAAUGAGAUUGAAAUGAUAGAGUUUCAUAUUAAUAGAUCAGUCUGUGUAUCACUUCUUUAUUUACCGCUUGAAGGAUAUAUAUCACCGGGGUCUUUAAUUCUGGUGAAAAGGUGUCUUUUUAUCCUUCCUUGAUCUUAGAAUCAAGCCCGACUUCUAGAUGUAACAGUGGUGGUCUCACUCUGGUUUGCUAGGCAGGUUAAUGAGGAUAGUGAGAGUGAAGGACUGUUGAUUUGAUCAGCUCUUUCUUCUGGCAAGUUGCUGUCUCCAUUAACUGAUAACAAUGGCUCAAAUUGUUCAUCCACAGCUGCACUUCUGGCCUUUACUCAUGUAAGCUUUACUCAUAGUAUUAUGUGAUGGUCAUGCUGCUCAUUGGGAUUUUCAACUGUCCAGGACUUAUCUGUUUCUACACUUCUCUCGUUACUGAAAUCUCACAACUUGGGGGUUUCUAGUGUAUGUAGUUUUUCUUCAUUUAAAAUGGGAUAAAAUCUUUUUUUUUAUUUUUUUAUUCAUUGCUAGAGAUUUUUUCAUUACAGUAGCCUACAUGUGUUAGGUUUGUAUGAAAUCUAUGCAAAAUAUGAAGCACAUAGUAACCUCAUAUCUUGAUAAUAAGCUUUGAUUUUGCUUUCAUUUUAGUUAAAAUUUCUUUUACGCUCAGCUGAGCGUGCUCUUCUAAACAUUUCCAUAGCUUUAUCAUAGUUAUGAGAAAUAAAGAGCACUUCUACCAUAGUCUCAUCUCUUCAGAACAGUAGUUGGAGAAUGCCAUGGCACAAUGGGCAGUUUCUUCUUGAAGUCUCUGUUAGCCUACCUGAUGUUUAAGAACUAUUCCUUCUGGCCAUUUUCAUUAUUCUAUUUGUGCUAAUAUGAUAUUAUUUUUCAUCAGGAUUCUAAUCUAUCUCUGUAACCUGAGUGUCACAAAUAGAGAAUUAAUGUUUCCAUAUAACUGUCACUUUGAGAGCUUCUUAUCUCCUCUCUGGGAACGGUAAGGUUGGAAUGAAUCUUGAUUUUUUCCUUUUUUUUCUGAAUUAUAGUGUCACAUGGAAGAGAAGUGAUAAAUGUGUAGGCUACAGAAUUAUUAAUAGACAGUGGGGUUGUAGUGGCACUAAGUUUAAAAAAGAUUUUUUUUUUUCUUUCCGGGUGAAGUAUGAAGGUGAAGUAUGAGAGCAGCUUUAUGAUAAAGUAACACAUUUAUUAAAUGUAACACUUGUAUCGUGAUAAUUAUUGUUGUUACAUAAAAUGACAAAUUUAGUUUUUAUUUUCUUGCAAAAGCAGAAUUUAUAUUUUAUUGUAACUAUUUCGCUUCAUUCGCAAUACUAAGUAUUAUAAACUUUGGUGCUUUUAUGUAUUAUGCACUUAAA